UGUUCCCCGAAAGACCCUUUCAUGCGUCAGGCGGGGCCCCGAUCUCUGAAAAAGGUACCGCCGCGGUAACUAGAAUCUACUUUCAACGAGCUAAUUCAGACUAAUGACUGUUGAUCAUCAUGUCCGAUGAAAAUGGAAAAAGGACGAGUAUCCAGACCAUUUUAAGGGAUAAUUUUACCAAAAUUAGUGAGCAAAUUGAAGAAUUCCAAAUGACACAAGGAGAAUGGCGAGAGUUGAUGAAAUCUCACAAGGAGUAUCACAUGUUUGACAACAUCAUCACAAUGCAACCAGAGGCAGAGUCUAAGUUUAGUAUGGGAUGUCUAUAUUUCAAAGCUCUUCUUUGGUUCUUUGUGAGCUUAUUUCUGACAGUGUUCUUCCUUUUCGCGCUGUUUUCAAAUGGAGUCAUUUCGGAGGAUUCUUUUCUGGGUUCUGUUCAUUACCACAUCUCCAAGUUUUAUGUUGAAACAUAUGAUGGUGCGUUUCUUGACAAAGAACAUUGCAUUAUGCCGCUCCAUGAAGUUGUUCAAGAUCUAUUCCGACCUCCCAUUUUAAACUGCAGCAUGUGUGCAGGCAUGACUUCAGUAGAUAUACGCACCAACCUAACAACCGAUGAGUUCAAGGCAAAAUAUGCGUACUCUAGUCGACCUCUUCUUGUGACGGAUGGAAUGGAUGGCUGGACAGCUUUAGAUACCUUCAGUUUUCAAUUCUUUCAGGAGGUGUAUGCAGUAGGCAGUAAAGCACUGAAGAGCGCAGAAGAUGACUGCCAGUUCUUCCCUUAUAAAACAGAUUUUGAGAAGCUUGGAGAUGUGUUUAACAUGACAGUUGAUCAAGCUUAUUUGAGAGAUGGCUCAAAUUCUAAGCCAUGGUACAUUGGAUGGUAUGUCGAUCAAGCUUAUUUUGAAUUUGGUUUAUUUCAAUAUGAUGAUUUUUUUUUGCAUAGCCAUGCAUUGGCAUGGCCUAGCCUAACCCAGGGAGCUCCGGCCUGCGAAGCGGGCUGGAGCCUAGGAGCUCACCGUACAUUUACUCAUACUCGCGGGACUUAUUCUGCCUUCAGUUCUGGUCACAAUAACUUGGAAAGAAAAUUGUGA